AGCAGCCAGGCAACAUAGGGCAUGUUUCUCUUUUUUUCCUUUUUCGUUAAUUUUAUGCGUUAUGAGCGACGAUUAGCACGAAAAUGAGGGAAGCGAUUUUUUUUUUGAGAGGCCUCCUACUUUAUUUAACUCUAUUCAUGCAAAAGACUUUUUAAAGCAUUUGAGAUUUUUUUGCAACUUCUACUUUAAAUUGAUCUUUUGGAUGGCAGAGCUGUCUGAAGCGUCGUUUGCGCAUGUGCUCUCUUUUCUUGCGAGUUCAUUCGUUUUUAAAAUGCCUCUCGUUUUUUAUUGUGAGUUGGGAACAACAGAAAUUGUAUGGCUGGUUUUUUUUUUUUUUUGGAAGCUCCAUUACUCAGAUUCAUCCUAUAAGCGCGUCAUAGGCUUCAUAGCAAUGCGUCUGCGGUCUCCUAAGAUAGAGGCUCCGUGGAGUGAAUUUUACCAAUACAAAGUACACGAUGUUGUUGUCCGUGUCUUCCAUUUCGGAGAGAUCAUUCACUCGAGAUGCUUACAAGUUGUGUUUCACUUGAAGCCUGCCAAUUUGCCUUCACCGUCAUCAUUAUAUCCUCUCACAGAGCGAGGGAAGAGCUUGGCUUGACUGACUUUGUGCCUGGACGGCGCCGAAAAGCUUUAAUUCUAACUCUAUCAGUCCUUGCUGGCCAACUCACCUGGCCGUCUUCGUGACGAAGCUGACACCUUGAUACAGUGAAUAAAGC